CCGAAUGCUGGUCAAAAUGGUCAUUAUACAACAUUUUCAAACAAUUCAUAUCCCAGUCAACCAAUUUUCAAAAAAUAAAACUUCGAAAUAUGAAGGUCUUUUUAGCUUUGGUUUUGAGCCUGGGCAUGGCUGCUGCAGGUGUUGUUGACCAUACGAAUUGUGGUGGCGAUGGGAACUUCCUCCAAGCCCGUGUGGAUGGGUGUGAAGGUUCAGUAUGUCAAAUGCUUCCUGGCGUAGCCUAUAACUGUGAGGGUGACUUUGUUCCGGCCAAUGCUGCCCAGUCCUUAACACUCCAAGUGACCGCAAUAUUUCUCGGGACGCCAAUCCCGAUCAUUGACGACAUAAUUCCUGGUUCGUCCGUGCAACCUGGAGUUCAGUACACCAUCAGCUUUGCCAUUACUCCAAGCAAUGCGUUGGAAGGAAACACGGUCCCUAUCGAAGUUAAACUUUUGAGGACGGAAGACUCCAACUUGGAAAUUUGUGCUGGUAUAACCGUGUAUAUCCAGGGGCCCGAAGAGCCUACAACUGAAGGCCCUACUGAAGGCCCAACUGAGGGACCAACUGAGGGACCGACCGAUGAGCCAACUAAUGAACCGACUGAUGAGCCAACUGAGGGACCUACUGAAGGACCUACUGAAGGACCUACCGAAGGACCAACUGAUGAACCGACUGAAGCACCAACUGAAGAGCCAAUUGACACCGAAGAACCCAUCCCUGAACCAACUAGUGCCCCAGCAAAUAUUCGAAUUCAGAAAAAAUCCAAUUACAGAUCCAACCGAAAACUUUCAUUUUAAGUUAUGCACCCAAAUUAUAAUUUUAAUUUGAGCCAAGAAUAAAAAUUAAUAAAUGUUACACACAA